AUGCAUUUCCACAAGAUCACCUACGUUGCUGCAUUUGCCAGCAGCGCCUUCGCAGGUACUCCAACUUCUACUGGAGUAACUUCCGUUGUCGGCGCCGCGCCUCAGUCAAAUUAUUGUGGUACUACCGGCAUGUCGUACUGUUGCAAUGGCGGCAAUUGCAGUGCAAUGGGAACGAACUCCAUCUGUUCGACAACCGUUGUCUGUUGCAACGCGCAAGAUAGCAUCGAUAUCUGCCUUGGCAGCGUCACUGGCAAUGUGAAUAUCUAUGUAGAUAUUAACCUGAGCGAAGUCAUCAACAAUAGCGGACCUUGCAAUUGUCUUCCCUUUCACGGCAGGCCCGGGAAUCAACCACCAGGGCACCACUAG